AUGUCGCUGCAAGGACUUAAUGUGCUCAUUACUGGAGCUUCAAUGGGCAUUGGCGAGGCGAUUGCCAAUUCAGUAGCAGAACAGGGUGCCAAUUUGAUUCUGUUUGCACGGUCGGAAGACAAACUCCAAGCCCUCGCGAGCAGGAUCAAGGAACAACACCCAGGUGUCAAGAUCACCAGCAAAGCAGUCGACAUCCAAUCUUACGAAGCAGUCGAGUCCGCGGUGAAAUCCAGUUCCCAGGAGCUUAAUCAGAUCGACAUUCUCAUCAACAAUGCCGGCCUCGCCCUCGGCGCCCCCGCGCCCUUCCACGAGCUCAAAAUCGCCGACAUCCUCACCAUGAACCACACCAACAUCAACGGCUGGAUGUUCGUCACGCACGCCGUGCUGAACGCCUCCAUGAUCCCCCGCAAAGCCGGCACGAUCCUCAACAUCACCUCCGUCACGGGGCUGGAGGUCCCGCCCUUCUCUGGGGAGUGCGUCUACCACACCAACAAGGCCGCGCAGGAGGGGUUCACGAACGCGCUCCGCAAUGAACUGAGUGGCACGAACAUCCGGGUGCUGGCGCUGCGGCCGGGGUGUGUGGCCACGAAUUUCCACUCGCUGCGCGUGGGGCAUGAUAAGGAGAUGUACGAUCAGUUUUUCGAGGGGUAUCAGCCUCUGGUGUCGGAGGAUAUUGCACGCGCAGCGGUGUUCAUGUUGCAGCAGCCGGUGCAUGCGUCGGUUAAGGCGCUGGAUAUUGUUCCGUCGGCUCAACGGUCGCUGAAUGUGUUUGAUCGGGAAUGGAAUCAGAGGAAUGCUUGA